AUGGGCGGCAGCAUUCGUCGGGGUUUGACAGGCAGCAGCGGGGAAAGCAAGGGGGGAAGCAGCAAGACGAGGGAGAGGGCCAAGGCGCAUCGACCGGACCCGUCAUCGCCGCACGUUAAGGCGUACGCGCAGCAUUUAAGAUCCACACACGAGGAGACCCUAGCAGACAUCGGACUAAGCGGCUCGGACUUAGUCUAUAGCUACCACUAUGUGGCCAACGCGUUCGCGGUGCGCCUUACGUCCGACCAGAUCGUCGGGGCGCGGUACUAUAUGGACGGGUUUCUACAAGAGUACGGCGCGGGCGCGUUGGCGAAGGGGGAGUACCGGUCGCCGCGCGACGCCAUGGGACACGGCACGUUCUGCGCGGGCGUCGCGGCAGGGAAUGCGGGAGUGAAGGUGAACUACGCCACUCUCGGGUCGCUCAGCGGAGUGGCGCCUCGCGCGCGCAUCGCGGUGUACAAAGUGAUUUGGGGCGGCAUGAGCAGCCUUGCUGACGUCAUGGCUGCUGUCGAAGACGCGGUGAAGGACGGGGUUGAUGUGUUGUCCCUCGCGGUCGGCGGCACGGACGACAAUUAUUUCAACUCCAUCUUUUUGUUACGCGCGGUUCAGGCGGGUGUGCUGGUGGUGGCGCCAGCAGGCAACAACGGCCCUCCCCCAACGCCCACCUAUUGGCGCACUCUAACGAAUGUCGCCCCCUACAUACUCACAGUCGGGGCAAGUGCCACGGACCGCGAGUGGAGCGCCACGCUUACCCUCGGCAACGGCACCGCACUCUUCGGGGUCACUCAGACGGGCGGCGACGGCGUGCUAACCGCCAACCUCCCCCUCAUCGACUCGGAAGAGGCCCAUGCCAAAGGCGCCGCCCUUUGGGAGGCGCGGCAGUGCCGCCCGGGGAAGAUCGACGCCGAGAAAGUGGGCGGCGGACUCGUCUUGUGUUAUAUCGGGAUUACAUCAUGA